AUGUUGAGUAACUGUGAAAUGAGUGAAAAUGCUGGUACUCAUGCUGUAUGUGUGGAAGCUGAUGUUCAUGUGCUAGGCAGUGGAAGUGAGAAUGACAGAGUAAUUCCAGAUGAAAUUAUAGUAGAUAAUAAACAGGAAAAUGAGGAUGUGGUAGAACAGAGUUGUCACAGUGUUGAGGUUGUUGAAGAAGUGUGUGAAGAGAGAAAUGAGUUUGGUGUUGAAGGUAAUAUUAAAUGUGAUAAUAAUGUUUCUAAUGAGAAUGAUUCAGAAGAAGAAGAAGAAGAAGAUGAUGAUGAUGAUGAUACUUGCAGAAGUAGAUGGAUGGUAUAUGUAGAAGUUAAAGUUGAUGAUUUGAUGCUGAAUGAUUCUGGAUUUUCUGGAAAACAUUUGAAUAGUGCUGAAAUACAAGCAAUUUUGAAUGAAGAAGAGGAAAUAGGAGAUACAUCUGAUGAUGAUGAUGAUGAUGAUGAUGAGAUUGAUGCUAUUAUUUCUGGAGGUAAUGAAUCAACUGAAGAUUCUGAUGAAGAUGAUCUGGAAACUCCGUUUCCUGAAGGUGCGAUAGAUAAAAUCAGAUUGUUUGCAAACAGAGAUGAGUUCAGACAUCUGUGUGCUGAUGUAUUUGAAGAAUUACUGGUGCGGCUAAUUGAGUCCUCACCACCUGCUCUAACUCUCAAAGAAGCACAUGAGAAAGAAGGAACAAACACAUCUGUAUGGCAGCAAGGAGCAAGUAAUUGA